UAAACAGCAAUUGGGAAAUAUUUAAAACAUUAUAUAAAUGUCACAUCAUGGCGAGUAAUUUUGUCUUUAGCUCUACAUAUUUUGCUUAUUUUUCAUUUUUACAAAUGCUUCAACAUUUUCAAGACAUCCCCAAAGUGUUGUAAUGUCAUUAAUUGCUGUUAGACUCAUUAAUGUAGUAUUUACAAAAUGACAGUGUCAUAAUACUGUAAUGCAUUAUUAAUGUUUAAAUCAAACUGGUGACACUUUACAAUAAAGUAUAUUAGUUGACAUUAGUUAUCUAACAUUAAUUAAUGAGGAAACAUUUGUUGCAGAAUGUGUUAACUAAUGUUUAAUUAGUAAACAUGCAAUGUUCAUUGUCAUUUCUUGUCAGUAAACAGACAAAAAUAUUUACCAUCAAAUAUUUGUUGCUUCUGAAAUAAACAUUAAGAUUAAAAUGAUUUUUUUUCUCCUCAAACUAGCCAUUUCUCUACAUGUUUCAUUAACAUAAUAGGUUGAUUAAUUAUUAUUAGCUCAAAACAAACUUGACUUCAAACUAAAAAUCACAAAUUGGUGGAAACGCACAUGAAAAAUACUAUAGUAAAUCUAGCAGUAGAUACAUUAGUAUAAUAUAGUUCUAGUAAAAUAUUAUAGUAGUACAUACUAUAAUAUUUUAAACCCUGUUAUCUACAGUUGCCAUAGCAACACCACAACUAUAAUAAUAUAAACAAAUGAGCCAGUACUGUAGUAUUAGGGAAACUAUACACCAGUUUACUGUAGUAAAAACUAAAGUAUACAGUAUUUAUUACAGUUUAUCAGUUCAGUAUAGUUAUUACGUGCCCCAUUCAAUAACAAAAGUUGUAAAAACCAUGUAGCUACAGGAUAAUACACAUUAGUAUUUGCAAUAACUUGCUGUAGUAACGUUAACUUAUAUGGGUCGAGUUGUGUGUAUCUGUACAAAGGACCGUGCAGUACAAAGUUCAGUUUAAAAAAAGAUCACUGAAACAGUUUGUUACUCGACUUUUUUGAAUAUAUAAUUCAUCUCUAUUUCUAUAUUUUAGAUUGUCAAAUUAACUCUGAAUUUGACUUAAGAGUAUUUAUUGACCGAAACUUGUCCGUGUAUCGACCUGAAUAAUGUUUUUCCCCUCACAGAUCACUGCACCUGUAGGAGUGAUUAGCCUAGCAUGUCUCUGCCUGUUUUACGAGUUUCUCCAGCCAUGUUUAAAAAGAAAAUACAAGCGCUCACCUUGAAAACAGAAGCAGCUGAAUCUCCCUGUGUAUACAAAAAAGUGGGUGAAAACGUUGUGAUUGAGCUGAUGAUUGAUCAGUUAAAUCCAGGCGACCACCUGAUCUGGAAGAAAAGCCAAAUGAAAGUGUUUGAGAAAAAAAACUCAGCUGUGAAGACGAAGAACGAAGGGUUCGACAUCGACCACUCAGGGUCUCUGAUCAUAGAGAAUAUACAGACUGACAAAUCUGGAACAUACAAGGCUGAAGUCUUUAAUAGUGAUGGAAAAUCAAAAACAAAGAUGGAAAUACAGCUUUGUGUACAAGAGCCAGUGUCUGAGCCUUCCAUCACAGUCCAGUGUGGGGAUGAAGGUGUGCAUCUGUCCUGCAUUUUCCUGUCCGGCACAGAGGCGUCUGUGUCCUGGAUGAAGAAUGGACAGAAAACUGAUAAAACAGCUGCAGUUUUACACAUCAGCUGGUCUGAGCUGGAACUCGGGGACUCUUACUCCUGCACCGUCAGCAACAGGAUAAGCCUAAAGUCUGCUAAAGACGUCCAGCCGGCGUGCUCCAGCACAGAAAACACAACAAACGCAGAUGGAGACAGAAAGAAAGACGAGGACGGAGGCGGCAAAGGAGAAAACAAUAAUGAUGAUGGGCAGAGUUUUCUCUUUGGUCUGGAUUUGUGGAUGGUGGUGUUGGUGGCAGUGGCCGGCGGAGUCUUCCUCAUACUCUUCAUCAUCUGUGUCGUCUGUAUUUGCUGCCGCAGGAGAAACAAGAGCAAGGCUGAAGAAGAGAAGGAGUUUCGCCUGGCACCACUGAUGCCGGAUAACUCCAGCCAGCCGGAAGAGCAGCAGUACAUGCAGCAGAGCGAAUCUCUCAGGCCUUCAAAAAGCCAGCGGCCGCUGCCACCUUUACCCAAUGCUUGAGCUCCAGCGUCAGCAGACACCUAGCAGCAGAAGAACAGAUUGAACAUACAGAGACUCUGAUUUUAACAACAACGAUAAUAUCAACAACAAACAAUUACAACAACAACACUGACGAUAACAACAAUGAUAAC